UGGAAUGUGAUAGCGGUCCUACAUAUUUUUCUCAAGAAAAGCUGUGGCAUGCGGGACAAGGUGGAAUGAAUGCCGAUUAUCUCUUGGGAAAGAAGAGAGGAAGAUUACUCAUUGGUCAUUACUGUAACUCAGCCGAAGGAGAAAAGGCUCGUAAGGAAACGUUGCCGUUUGGGCCUAGGACCACUGUAUACACUACACGGGAGAAAUCCAAAAUUCCCGGCAACAAGAAAUUUCGCGCCAGUGUCGACCACUUACAAGUAUGUGAAAUUAUGUUGAUGUUGUCUACUCAAAACACUUAAGCCCCUCAUGAACCGUCCAUUUUGAAUCAGCAGUCCAACAGUAUGAUCUCAACGGCUAAAAACUCACUCAAAUCAGACAAAUCCAAACUUCAUGACCAUACAAAAAUACACUUCAAAUCAAGACAAAGCGACAAUCUCUGUCAUUUCACAUAUCUCGAGGACUUACCCUAUUUCAAAAGCCAAUCUCCUGGUCUUACGAUCCCACCCAAAAAGAAAAAAAAAAUAAUCUUUUUCUUGAUACUUUGCCUAAAAAUACAAAGAAAUUUAUCUAUCCAAGACUGAAAAAAAAAAAAGAAAAAAAGAAAAGAGAAUCCGAAGGAAAAAGGGUGGGUUGCAAACAAUAGAAUUCAACACAAAAAACCAAACUUUAGCCAAAUCCAGUCUUCAGCUUUUUUUUUUUUUGUCAGUACAUUUUGGCCUUACUCUCAUUAGUCAAAACCUAUUGAAAAAGAAUUAAAAGCUGCCCUUUUUAACUUUGGGCUUUGGCUCCUCCUCUUUUUGUAGUUGAUUUUGUCUAACUUUCAAUGGAGCAGCACGUAAUGUGGAUUGUUUUGUUCCUUUUUCUUUGGUUUUGUUGGGUCCAUUCUGUUUCAGCUGGUGAUAGUCUCCUCUCUCCAAAAGGAGUUAACUAUGAAGUGGCUGCUUUGAUGGCGGUGAAGAGAGAGAUGAGAGAUGAUAGGCACGUAUUGGACGGCUGGGAUAUUAACUCGGUUGAUCCUUGUACUUGGAACAUGGUCGCUUGUUCCGCUGAAGGUUUCGUUAUCUCACUGGAAAUGGCCAGCACGGGGUUGUCUGGAGUGCUUUCAACAAGCAUUGGGAAUUUGAGUCACCUGAGGACAAUGUUGUUGCAAAACAAUCAGUUGUCAGGUCCCAUCCCAGAUGAGAUAGGGAAGCUCUCAGAGCUUCAAACUCUGGAUCUUUCUGGUAACCAACUUGUUGGAGUUAUUCCAAGUUCUUUGGGCGCUCUAACUCAUCUAAGUUACCUGCGGCUUAGCAAGAACAAUUUAUCUGGACCUAUUCCUGGACUCAUUGCAAAUCUCACUGGUCUUUCAUUCUUGGACUUGUCAUUUAAUAAUCUCAGUGGUCCUACUCCAAAAAUACUUGCAAAAGGUUAUAGUAUUACAGGGAACAACUUUCUUUGUGCUUCAUUAUCUGAACAAAUUUGCACAGAUUUUUCGAAACCAUUAAAUGUGGCAGGCUCAAUUUCAUCUUCUAGAAUCAGUAGAUAUCAUCGGUGGGUGCUUUCUGUUGCCAUAGGGAUCAGUUCCACGUUUGUGGUUUCUGUGAUGCUGCUUGUUUGUUGGGUGCAUUGGUACAGAUCUCGACUUUUGCUAACAUCAUAUGUGCAGCAAGAUUAUGAUUUUGAUAUUGGUCAUCUAAAGAGGUUCUCAUUUCGUGAACUGCAAAUUGCUACGGACAAUUUUAAUCCCAAAAAUAUUCUAGGGCAUGGAGGAUAUGGAGUUGUUUAUAAAGGAUGUCUUCUAAAUAGGUCAGUGGUGGCAGUUAAAAGGCUAAAAGAUCCAAAUUUCACAGGAGAAGUGCAAUUUCAAACUGAAGUAGAGAUGAUAGGUUUAGCUCUUCACCGAAACCUCUUACGUUUAUAUGGCUUCUGCAUGACACCUGAUGAGAGAUUGCUUGUUUAUCCUUAUAUGCCAAAUGGGAGUGUUGCUGAUCGCUUAAGAGAUACUUGUCGUGAAAAGCCUUCUCUGGAUUGGAAUAGACGAAUGCAUAUUGCCCUUGGAGCUGCCCGUGGACUUAUUUAUUUGCAUGAGCAAUGUAAUCCAAAAAUAAUUCACAGGGAUGUGAAAGCUGCAAAUAUUUUGCUUGACGAAAGUUUUGAAGCUGUGGUAGGGGAUUUUGGUCUUGCUAAGCUCUUAGAUAAACGCGAUUCACACGUUACUACUGCUGUGCGGGGUACUGUAGGACACAUUGCCCCGGAGUAUCUUUCAACUGGACAGUCUUCCGAAAAAACAGAUGUCUUUGGAUUUGGGAUACUACUCUUGGAGCUCAUCACAGGACAAAAGACAUUAGACGCUGGUAAUGGACAGAUUCAAAAGGGGAUGAUUCUUGACUGGGUUAGAUCAUUGCAUGAGGAGAAGAGGCUUGAAGUGCUAGUGGACAGGGAUUUGAAGGGAUGUUUUGAUGCAAUAGAGUUGGAAAAAACAGCAGAGCUUGCUCUGCAGUGUACUCGGUCACAACCGCACCUUCGCCCAAAGAUGUCGGAAGUUUUGAAGGUCCUGGAAGGUCUUGUGCGGUCAGGUACGGAGGGAUCACAAGGUGGAGCAAACCUUUGUGAGACAAGGGCAUGUAGCUUCUCUAGGAAUUAUAGUGACGUCCAUGAAGAGUCAUCCUUCAUCAUUGAAGCAAUGGAGCUUUCCGGACCUCGGUAAUAGAAAGUAUAAUUUGCCCUUUUCCAUCCAUCUGUACAUGAUUUUUGCAUAUGAGAGCUCACAUUAUACGUAAUUCUCUUUGGGGGAUUGUAUUAACUACAUGGAACUAAAGUUGUGAAACGUUAAGAGUUAGAUUUGAGGAACUUUCCCAUAAUUUAGGUGAAAUGUCUCAAAAUUUUGACUCAGGAUGUGGAGAGUAAGUCUUAGUCCUGUCUGUGUAGACCAUAGCUAGGAGUGUACUGUUGAUUUAAACAGAAGCAUUUAAAUUUGUUACGAGUUUAAGAUAUGAUUGUAGCGUAAAUAUUAGAUACAGUAAAUGAUAAAUGCAAUCAAGU